CGCUGUCACAGUCGGUCUUCUUUCGCCAAUAAAAACGACGAACGAAUGAAAGGCUGCUACCGUGGCGGACUAUCCCAUUUUCGCAGUUUCUGGCUUGCGUUUUUUCGCUGUUGAGACGGCAGAUGACGAGUGGUUUUAGCUACGUUGCAUUCGCUUAAUGAAGAGCUUGUUUAGUAUUAUCAAAUUACAGUUGAUCAUGUGACCGUUCACGUGAUAAUAAGCUUUUCACCACCAAAACCGCAACACCAAACUUGUGUCGAAUAAAUAUUGCUGUAUUCACCGAACACAGUCUCGUCUGUUCAAGUUUUCACUACAGGAGUGCAGCCUUCUGGUUUGUGUUUUUUAACAUAGCAUUUCACAACUCCCUUGUUGCUUUUUUUUAUUUUGUUUCUAGAUUUUUUUAAGCUCGGAAAAGAGGUUUUGACUAGUUAACAUGGGAAACGAAGAUGCUGCUAAGACUCCUAGACGUCGUUUUGUCGGUAAAAAGCAUGGACUUACGAAGAAAGAUGGUGCAGUCGAUGGUUCUGAAGAAAAAGCUAUCGUGAAUGUUAAACCUAGAAGUGGUGGUCGUUUAGCAACGCGUGUUUCUCCAGAAAUUCUGCAUGAUGAAAAAUUGAACGAAGCGAUCCAGUUGCUUCCAAAAAAUUAUAACUUUGAAAUUCAUAAAACCGUUUGGCAUAUUCGAAUGAGAGGUGCCAAACGUGUUGCUUUGCAACUUCCCGAGGGAUUGCUCAUGUUUGGUUGCAUCAUCUCAGAUAUCUUGGAACGGUUUUGUCAGGUCGAGGUGAUCAUCAUGGGCGAUGUCACUUAUGGUGCUUGCUGUAUUGACGAUUUCACCGCAAGAGCUUUGGGUUGUGACUUUCUGGUGCAUUACGGUCAUUCGUGUUUGGUCCCCGUAGAUCAAACCCCCAUCAAGGUUCUUUAUGUUUUCGUCGAUAUCCAAAUUGACAUUCCACAUCUUGUGGCAUCAAUCCGCAAGAACUUGAAACCUGGUCUUCGUCUUGCUCUUGUGGGCACAAUUCAGUUUGUGACCUCACUGAACCAAGUCAAAGAGGAGCUGCAACAAGUGAGUGAAAAUGGCGAGGGUGGAUUCGUGGUUACCAUCCCACAAGCCAAGCCAUUGUCUCCUGGUGAAGCGUUGGGAUGUACGUCUCCAAAAAUAGAUGCUUCCAAUGUGGACGCUUUGUUGUAUGUCGGUGAUGGACGUUUUCAUUUGGAGUCUGUUAUGAUCGCCAAUCCAACGCUUCAUGCAUACCGCUAUGAUCCGUAUUCGCACAAGCUUACCGUCGAGUCCUAUGACCAUGAACAAAUGAAAAGCAUUCGUUACGGUGCAAUCGAACAGGCUAGAAAAGCUAACCAUUUUGGUCUUAUUCUUGGUACCCUUGGUCGUCAAGGAAAUCCCAAAGUUUUGCAAAACAUUAAACGGAAGCUUGAGGAACGCGGCAAAACGUUUACAACGUUACUUAUGUCAGAGGUCUUUCCCCAACGGCUGGCUCAGUUUCACGAAGUGGACGCGUGGAUUCAGGUUGCAUGUCCUCGUUUGUCCAUAGAUUGGGGUUACGCUUUUCCUGCGCCCUUGCUUACGCCUUACGAAGCUGCAGUUGCUCUUGAUACGGUUGCUUGGCAAGACGUAUAUCCUAUGGACUUUUAUGCCUCUGAUUCCCUUGGCAAUUGGACGCCUAACAACUCUGAAAAUCGACCUUCUCUCCAACGGCCGUCUCGUAGGACGGCCAAUGUGAAAGCGUAGAAGUUCUGGAAACUCCCAAAACCGUUCACCACUCACUCAUCUCUUAUUUGUUUGUUCAACAUUUUUUCACACGCUUCCUGUAACACUCCCUACCCGUAAACUCCUCAUUUGCCCGUUGGUACAUAAAAUAUUAUUUCCAAAUACAGUGGUUUAAAGCAUCUUGAAUCUUUCCAUAGUAAGUGUACAUAAACAACUUAUU